AUGGAUAUCACUCUUUUCAUUCUUUUUCUAACAAUUUCUCAUGUCUCCAUAUUACAAAUAAACUCAGUGAUUGCAGUUAACCCAAGUGGGUUUAGUUUAAAGAUCAUCCACAGUGACUCUAAAGAAUCACCUCUAUAUCCAGGUGAUCAUUUAACAGCAGAAGAAAGGUUACAAAGACUCGUCAAACAAUCAAAAGAUCGAGCACGUUACGUUGGAUUACAAGUAUUAUCAAGUUUCAAUAAAACCACAAACUCGAUAAACCCCGAUGCUGCAAGCAUACCCGUGUCUUACGAAGGUGUAGCAUCAUAUUAUGUUGCAGAGAUUGGAAUAGGUACUUUUCCUAGGUCACCAAACUCACCACAACCUUUCAAGACAAACUAUCUAAUGGUUGAUACUGGUAGCCAGAUUAUAUGGACUCAAUGCGCAGGUGCUGCAGGGAGGACGCGAUAUUUCCAUCAAGACCAACCCUUGUAUCCUGCAGGAAAUUCAAGAACUUAUGAACCUCUUCGUUAUCAGGAUCAUCACCCUCUUUGCUACCAAGGUCAAUUUGAUGAGCAAGGCCUAUGUACUUACCUAGCAUCUUACCCAAGUUCUGUGUCGAUAGGUGUUUUGGCUAAAGAAACAUUCACGGUAAAUUCAGAUAACUAUGUCCUUCAAUCUUUUGAUAUUAUCAUGGGUUGUGGCUUUAGGCAAACUGGUUUCGGUUAUCUCGGUUCUGGUUUUAAAAAGGGGAUACCUGAUCGUGUUACUGGAAUACUCGGUCUGUCAUCGGGGCCUAGGUCCCUUAGAAGUCAAUUAAGAAUGAGCACCUUUUCUUACUGUCUGAAGCCAUUUAGUUAUGGGGAUCCAAUGGUUCAAAGCUCGUACUUAAGGUUUGGUUCAGACGCGACAAUCGGAGAACAAGCAUUUAAAACUCCCAUAGGAUAUCCUUCUGGUCCUGAUGGCAGCGGUCAAUAUCUUUUGAAUUUGGAGGGUAUUAGCGUAAAUGGGAUUAAAGUCCCCCAAAUUACCAGCACUACUUUCCAAUAUAAUCCGCGUAACGGACAAGAAGGCUUUUUCAUAGAUUCAGGGAGUCCAUUUACCGUUAUGCACCAAACACCUUUUCAUUAUGUUGCGGAAAGGGUUGUGACAUAUUUUAUUGGGUUGGGUUUUGGUUAUGAUGCAAGCAUGGUUCCAUGGAAUAGAAAUUUAAACGUUCUUGGAGCAAUGCAACAAGCUGGCAAAAGGAUCUUAUAUGAUACACAGGAACUAAGUCUUUCAUUUAUUUCAGAGGAAUGCUAA